AUGCAGCGAUUUGGCUGGCUUCUGGUGUUGACCAUCAGCUUUUUGUGUCUCGUUCAAGCCGCUCCAAUUCCACAGCCGCCCGUUUUAUGGAAGAAGCUGCUCAAAAAUAUUUUAACAAGCGCCUCGAAUACGCCAAGCUGGACAUUGUCGUCACCUGAUCUGCCGCAUAUUCGUAUGGACCAUUCAAAUCUCGCGCUCGUCCUUUCCGUAAUAAUUUACUUGCUCACCCUCGUCGGGACGACCAAUGGCAUUAACGACUCCUCGCUUAACUUAACGAAUUCAGCCUUGCAGCGCGACCGGCAGAAGGUGCUGAAGAAUAACUGGCUGCCCGUCUAUUGGAGCGUAGAGGACGCGAGCGGCUCCGUCGCCGUCAUGCAGGCUGUCAUUGAUAAAGUCCGUCGCAGUCUCUGGGCCCGCUCCACCGGUGACGACAACGAA